UAUAUCGGUAUUUUGCUAGCAUUUGAUUCCAGUUAUAUAAGUCAGCUUUCUUCAAUCUCAGAUGAAGAGAUAGUUGUUGCAACUACAAGAAUAGAAACAAUGCUUGGUGAUACUGCUGUUGCUGUUCAUCCGAAUGACCCUCGUUAUACUCAUCUUCAUGGAAAGUUUGUACUUCAUCCAUUUUGCUCUAGAAAGAUGCCCAUUGUUUGUGAUGAUUUUGUUGAUAUGGAGUUUGGAACUGGGGCUGUUAAAAUCACACCUGCCCAUGAUCAAGCAGAUUAUGAGGUUGGAUUGCGACACAACUUACCUUUUGUCAAUAUACUUAAUGAUGAUGGAACAAUGAAUGAUAAUUGUGCAGAAUUUUCAGGACUGAAAAGAUUUGAAGCCAGAGUUAAAGUUCUAAAUGCUUUGAAAGAAAAAGGACUGUAUAGGGAUACAAAAGACAAUCCUAUGAUUGUCCCAAUUUGCAGUCGUUCAAAGGAUAUUGUAGAACCUCUACUGAAAGUUCAGUGGUAUGUGAAGUGUGAAGGCAUGGCACAGAAAGCUAUUCAGGCUGUCAAAGAUGGAAAUCUGAAGAUUUAUCCAGAAAUUCAUAUAAAAACGUGGAAUCAUUGGCUGGAAAAAAUAAGGGAUUGGUGUGUUUCACGACAGCUGUGGUGGGGACAUAGAAUUCCUGCUUAUUAUGUUACCAUAAAAGAUGCAAAGAAUGUAGCUGAUUCUGAGACGGACAAUGAAAGAUGGAUUAGUGCUAGAUCACUUGAAGAAGCUCAAGAAAAGGCUGCCAAAAAGUUUAAUGUGUCUCCUGAAGAUGUAGACUUGAGACAAGAUGAAGAUGUGUUAGAUACUUGGUUUUCUUCUGGUCUUUUCCCUUUUUCAAUUUUUGGAUGGCCAGAUGAGACACUGGAUCUCAAAACAUUUUAUCCUGGUACCCUUUUAGAAACUGGUCAUGAUAUAUUGUUUUUCUGGGUUGCACGAAUGGUGAUGUUAGGUCAACAGCUGAUGGGAAAGUUACCUUUUAAAGAGGUAUUUCUCCAUUCCAUUGUGAGAGAUGCUCAUGGAAGGAAAAUGAGCAAGUCAUUGGGAAAUGUAAUUGAUCCCAUUGAUGUUAUAAAUGGAAUCUCAUUACAGGCAUUACAUGAUACUCUUUUAGAGUCAAAUCUUGAUCCCAAAGAAAUAGAAAAAGCUAAACAAGGACAAAAAGCAGAUUUUCCAAGUGGAAUACCUGAAUGUGGCACUGAUGCUCUGAGGUUUGCUUUAUGUGCAUACACUGCUCAAGGUCGGGACAUAAAUUUAGAUAUAAAUAGAGUUGAAGGAUACCGUCAUUUUUGCAAUAAACUUUGGAAUGCCACAAAAUUUGCAUUGAUGUCUCUUGGAGUUGAUUUUGUAUCUAAAGAAAAAUUCAUGUUAUCUGACUCAGAAAGUACCAUGGAUCUAUGGAUACUAAGUCGUUUAUCAUCUGCUGUAGAAUCUUGCAAUAAUGGAUUUGAAACUUAUGACUUUCCUGCUGCUACAACAGCUUGCUAUGCAUUUUGGUUAUAUGAUUUGUGUGAUGUUUAUUUGGAAUCACUGAAACCUGUGUUUCAAAGUGAGGAUAAAACUGCAAUUGAGGUAUCAAAAGAAAUGUUGUAUACAUGUCUAGAUACAGGCCUUCGUCUUUUGAGCCCUUUUAUGCCAUUUGUCACUGAAGAAUUAUUCCAGAGAUUACCGAGACGGAGAGGGGAUACUGUAGAAAGUAUCACUGUAUCACAUUAUCCAGUUCCAGAAGAGUAUCCAUGGAAAAACUGUGAUUUGGAGAAAUCAGUAUCUUUUGCUUUAGAUAUUGUUCAUAAAGUCAGGUCUUUGAGAGCUGAUUACAACCUACCAAAAAAUGAAAAAUUAGACUUAUUUUUGAGAUGUGAUGAUGAUAGCACAAAAUCUUCACUUGCAAGCCUGCAGCAAAGUAUUCUCACCUUAACAUCCUCAGCUACUGUAAUGCUGUCUGAUCUUGAAGGAAUUCCCAAAGGCUGUGCUAUUACAACAAUAUCAGAAAACUGUGAAGCACAUUUGCUGUUAAAAGGUCAUAUAGACAUAAAUAAAGAAAUUUCUCGCUUAGAACAAAAGCAAGAAAAAUUAAAUUCUCAGAUAUCUAAAUUGAAGCAAGCAACUCAAGUUCCUGAUUAUGAAAAUAAAGUUCCAGCUUCUGUAAGGAAAUCUCAUGCUGAAAAAAUAACCUUGGCUGAAGGAGAACUGCAAAAAGUGAUUGAAGCUAUACAAACAUUAAAAAUUAUGGACUAGUUAGUAAUUUUUUUAGAAAUAAAGGACAUGUAUAUUUGGCAUUCCAAAUAAAUUAUUGCAGCAACAUA